CUGAUGUUAAAAUUAAAGAAAACUCGUGGAGCUGUAAACUGAAAAAUAUUCUUAUAUUAUAAUGGCUGAUUUUAGCGAAGAUCUUUUUCAAGUGUUCGAAGAGAGCAGUGAAGAUGUAGUUCAGUUUUCUGGAGAUACUAUUUCUCUCGAAGAGUCGGCAGCGACAACAAAAAAGGAGGAGCAAACCGAUCCUAGCAUCAAAAGAGAUCUUGAGGAAAAUGAGGAACCAUUUGGAAAAAGACAGAGGACAGAUUCCAUAACUGAAGAAAUAAACUUGGAAGAGUUGGCGACACGUAUAACGAUACAUACUAUAGAAACAAUAGAAUCCUGUACCCAUGAAGUGGCUGUACCACCCGCACAGGACUACCUCCCUUUGGAAAAGAAAUCUUCGCUACCGGCAAAAGAAUAUAAAUUCGUUUUAGAUCCGUUUCAAAAGGAAGCAAUUUUGUGCAUCGAGAACAAUCAAUCAGUACUCGUAUCUGCACAUACUUCAGCUGGAAAAACUGUCGUCGCUGAAUACGCUAUUGCAUGUUCUUUGAGAGACAAGCAGCGAGUGAUAUAUACUACACCUAUAAAGGCCUUGAGCAAUCAGAAGUACAGAGAAUUUUUCGAAGAGUUUAAAGAUGUCGGAUUGAUUACCGGCGAUGUCACGAUUAAUCCCACUGCCAGCGUUCUAAUUAUGACAACAGAGAUUUUGAGAAAUAUGCUCUACAGAGGUUCUGAGGUGAUGAGGGAGGUUGGUUGGGUUAUUUUUGAUGAAAUACAUUACAUGCGUGACAAAGAAAGAGGGGUGGUAUGGGAAGAAACCUUAAUUCUCCUACCUGACAAUGUUCACUAUGUGUUUCUAUCGGCAACCAUCCCAAAUGCUAGGCAAUUCGCUGAAUGGGUAGCGCAUUUACAUAAUCAACCUUGUCAUGUAGUAUAUACAGAUUAUCGUCCAACACCUUUGCAACAUUAUAUAUUUCCGGCUGGCGGCGAUGGAAUUCAUUUGGUUGUCGACGAAAAUGGUGAAUUUAAAGAGGAAAAUUUCAACAGAGCUAUGAAUUGUCUACACCAAGGCGGCGAAGCCUCAAAGGGGGAUCAAAAAGGUCGAAAAGGUGGAAUGCGCUCUAAUGCUGGUCAGACCAAUAUUUUUAAGAUUGUCAAGAUGAUUAUGGAGAGAAACUUUGCCCCAGUUAUAAGUUUCAGUUUUUCAAAGAAGGACUGCGAAAUUUAUGCCAUGCAGAUGGCAAAGUUGGAUUUCAACACCAUAGAUGAAAAGAGAUUGGUUGAUGAAGUAUUCAACAACGCAAUGGAUGUACUCAAUGAGGAAGACAGACGUCUACCUCAAGUAGAAAAUGUGCUUCCACUGCUUAGGCGUGGCAUAGGAAUCCAUCACGGUGGCCUUUUACCUAUAUUGAAGGAAACCAUUGAAAUACUGUUCGCAGAAGGGUUAAUCAAAGCUUUAUUUGCAACAGAAACAUUUGCUAUGGGCCUCAAUAUGCCAGCAAGAACUGUACUAUUCACUGCACCAAGAAAAUUUGAUGGUAAAGAUUUUCGAUGGAUAACCUCAGGUGAAUAUAUUCAGAUGUCGGGUAGGGCUGGUAGGCGAGGAUUGGACGAGAAAGGAAUCGUCAUUUUAAUGAUAGAUGAAAAAGUGAGCCCAGCUGUCGGCAGAGACAUUGUUCAGGGAAAACCUGAUCCGAUUAACUCAGCGUUUCAUCUGACGUAUAAUAUGGUUCUUAACUUGUUAAGAGUAGAAGAAAUAAAUCCAGAGUAUAUGCUGGAGAGAAGUUUCUUUCAGUUUCAGAACCAAGCAAAUAUACCAGAGUUAUACAAUAAGGUUAAAGAUUUGCAACAACUACACGAUUCCAUAGUGAUCGAUAAGGUUGUACAGGUUUCAUCGUAUCAUCAGAUCAGGGAUCAACUAGACAAGCUUGGCAAUGAAUUUCGGACGUAUCUAACGAAACCAGAAUAUCUUGUUCCAUUCUUACAACCUGGUAGAUUAGUGAAGGUUAAAAAUGAGACUGCUGAAUUUGAUUGGGGUAUCAUUAUUAAUUUCAAAAAGAAGAGUCCGAACAAUCCAAUGAAAGAUAAGACUGUAAUCAUUGUGGACAUUCUGCUUCACAUAUCCAGUCAGUCUACUGAAGGAAAUCCACUUCCAUGUAGCAAUGGUAAUGAGGGAGACAUGGAAGUCGUACCUGUGUUACAUUCAUUAAUCUCACAAGUCAGUUCACUACGGGUAUUUUAUCCAAAAGACCUAAGACCUGCCGAUAACAGAAAGAGCGUAUUGAAAACUAUUCAAGAAGUUGAAAAGCGAUUUCCGGAUGGUCCACCGUUAUUAAAUCCGAUAACUGAUAUGCAUAUCGUAGAUCCAGGUUUCAAGGAUGUCAUUAAAAAAAUUGAGACCCUGGAGGAACGACUAUUUUCCCAUCCAUUGCAUAAGGAUCCUGAAUUACCAGAUCUUUCCCAGCGAUUUUUGCACAAAGAAAAAAUUGCCGAAGAUUUAAAACAAGCAAAAACCGAGCUCAAACGUGCCAAGUCCGUAUUGCAGAUGGAUGAACUGAAAUGUAGAAAGAGAGUCUUACGCAGAAUGGCUUAUUGCACAGCAGCUGAUGUUAUUGAGUUGAAAGGUCGGGUGGCUUGCGAGUUGAAUGGUGCUGAUGAAUUGUUGAUGACUGAGAUGAUUUUUAAUGGGUUGUUCAACGCAUUGAGCGUACCACAAAUGGUGGCUCUGGUUAGUUGCUUCGUUUGCGACGAGAAGAGCAAUGAAAUGCCGAAGAGUACAGAAGAGCUAAGUGGACCCCUGAGGCAGAUGCAGGAUUUGGCCAGACGAAUAGCUAAGGUAACCACCGAUGCUAAACUCGAGAUAGAUGAAGAAGCAUAUGUGGAGAAAUUUAAACCGUAUCUAAUGGACGUUGUGUACGCGUGGUGUAAAGGUGCCAAUUUCUUACAAAUCUGCAAAAUGACCGAUAUAUUUGAAGGGUCUAUAAUAAGAUGUAUGCGCCGGUUGGAGGAGGUUCUGAGACAGCUUUGUCAAGCAGCUAAAAAUAUCGGAAACUCAGAUUUGGAAAAUAAAUUCAGUGAAGGUAUAAAGGUGAUAAAACGAGACAUUGUUUUCGCUGCCUCCUUAUACUUGUGAAAUAAUAUUGUCUAUAAUUAAAACGGUGACGAGUUGUCAGAACAACGAAAAAACUGACGUGGAAUUGUAAACGGAAUGGAAAAUAGAAAGAAUAUACGACUAUUAUCCUGGGCUGUGUUCUGAAGGAAUGCCCGGACCUAUUUUCAUCAGUUAACUGCCAAAUUCUUGGUGAUAAGAAAAGAAACAAUACCAUUUACAACCAGGCAAAUUCAGCAUAUGUGACGACCUAGCCCUGGAAAUGUGUGGGAUGUUUUACGUUAUGCUAAGGGUUUAUCUAUUUCUAUAGACCGUACAUGCGACUGAAUUAUGUUUGAUUAUAAAUUGGAAUACUUCAUUU